AAAUCGAAGAAAUAAGGUUACUCUUUACAAUUUGAAGGUCUUUUUUAUCCAAAAUCAAGAAAACCCCAUCAAGAAUUCCAUUUGUUUCAGUAUUUCACAGAUUCUUGGAAAGUUGGUAGAACUUACUUCAUACCCAAGAAUGAUCUUGAGAAUUUUCAUUUUCAUUUUCUUGGUGUUGUUCAGUUUUGCCAUUGGAAAUGAAAAUAUCAAUUCUCAUGCCUUUCCUAGGCCAUUAAUUAUCGAGUAUCCUGAAAAUAAUGAACCCCAAUUGAAGGAAUAUGAUGAACUACUUCAGUUGAAGUGUACAAGCUGGAGAUUUGCUGUUGAAGCUAAUAAUUUAAGUCCAUGGAAGAGUAUUCCAGAGGAAUGUGCUGAUUAUGUGAGGCAAUAUAUUGAAGGUAGGGGUUAUAAAAUGGACAUUGAUAGAGUUUCAAAUGAGGCUGGAACUUAUGCUAAAAGUGUGAAUUUGGGUGAAGAUGGAAAAGAUGUGUGGGUUUUUGAUGUUGAUGAAACUUUGCUUUCUAAUCUUCCUUAUUAUUCUGAACAUGGUUAUGGAUUGGAGGUAUUUGAUAGUGUGGAAUUCGAUAAAUGGGUUGAGAAGGGAACGGCGCCAGCCUUAGGGUCCAGUUUGAAGCUUUAUCAAGAAGUUCUGAGUCUGCGAUUCAAAGUUUUCUUGCUGACUGGGCGCAGCGAAAGACUUAGAAGUGUCACGAUGGAGAAUUUGAUGACUGCUGGAUUCCACGAUUGGCACAAGCUCAUUCUGAGAGGCCCGGACGACCAUGGCAAAACAGCAGCGACCUUUAAAUCAGAGAGGAGAAGUGAGAUGGCAGAAGAGGGGUUCCGGAUAGUGGGCAACUCAGGAGACCAAUGGAGUGAUCUGCUUGGUUCCUCUAUGUCUAGUCGCUCAUUCAAACUUCCAAACCCCAUGUAUUACAUUCCCUAAAGCAAAAAUUAUAUCUAACUUUCACUAGGUUGAUGCAACAUGCCAAUGUUUUUCUUCACUGGCUAAUGGCUAUCUUAUAAAUAACGGAAAUGUAAUUCUUGUGAUCCUUUGAACUGAAUUAUUGAUGAUUCAAUUAACGUAAACAAUUGUGCAUAACCACCAUUUCCAUCUC